AUGGCUCUUGCAACCUCGAUCUCCGGGGCGCUUUUCCUUUCCCUCCCGCACAGAGUGGCAAUGUGUAGCAAAGCGCUCCUAGCCCUUCUGGUUUAUGGCAUAAUAAUGCAUUGCAGCGUCUACUGCUCACCAGCCGUUGGACUCCAGUACCCGGCGCUCAGGCUGGAGGAGGAGGUGUACGACGAGGACGGGAACACCCUGCAGGACUUCGCCUACGAUCAGGAGCCGCUGGGGGUGGCCGGGCCGCCGUCCGCGCUGGGCGAGGUGUACGCGCUGUACUACCCGCUGGGAAAGAGGCACGCCGAUGGGAUCUUCAGCAAAGCCUACAGGAAAGUCCUGGGCCAGCUGUCCGCCAGGAAAUACCUUCACUCCCUGAUGGCCAAGCGGGUCGGCGGUGCCAGCAGCGGCCUGGGGGACGAGGCGGAACCGCUCAGCAAGCGGCACAUAGACGGCAUCUUCACGGACAGCUACAGCCGCUACCGGAAACAAAUGGCUGUCAAGAAAUACUUAGCGGCCGUCCUGGGGAAAAGGUAUAAACAAAGAGUUAAAAACAAAGGACGCCGAGUAGCGUAUUUGUAGCGAUGAGCAACCGCCGCUGCCGUGCGUAGUCCUGAGAGAGAGAGAGAGAGAGAGAGAUUGAGAGAGAGAGAGAGAGAGAGAGACCCAACCACCCAAACCCAAACAAAAGUCAUUUCCAAAGUGACGGAAAGACCGCCGCUCCCGUGUUCCCCAAACAUGUAUUUAUGUAUGAAGUAAAGCCAUUAAAUGAAUAUUUUGAUAAUAAUAUGGUUUUUCUUUUGUACGAAAGCACUAGAGAAACGCACAGAUCUACUUUGUGGACCAAUCCUUGAGUUAUAUAUGAGAUAUAAAUAUAUAUAUAUAAAUACUGCUACGAAUACUAAAGAGCGAUUCUUCAUACCAAGCUGCACCAGGACGAGAGUUCGCCUGAGCUGUUUAUGUUUUUAUAGAAAAUAAAUAGACGAAAAAAGACAAUCACCGCUUUGAACAGCGCUCCUAUUUUUGUAACGGAAACGAAAAGGGCACUGUUUUUAUUCGCCACGGGGGCGAAGACCUCAGUUUUCACCGUGUGCCGCUGUGCAUAGGGAGGGCUCAGCAGGAUGGGGUCCCCCCGGCCUCGAGAUUUCGAUCUCUCUCUCUAUUUUUCCCCCUUUUUCUUUGAUUCUGGUCCUAUCCGUAUCAGUGCCUCCUCGAGCGAUGAGCGCAGAGGAGGAUUCAGCAACAGCUCGAUGCAAAUUAUGCCUAUCGGAGGGAGAAUAGCUAAACGAGCAAACCAACAGCAACAACAACAACAAAACAACCAAAAAUCAGACCCCCAAGCCCUCCAGGCCCCCCGAUGCCGACCCGCAGCGAGGA